AUGGCUACCAAUGGCGACGUUGAGAAUCAGCGACCAUCAGCGGAUACUGAGGAGACUCCCCUACUGAGCGAGGAUAAUGGUAAUGUACAAGGGCAGGCGACGGAUGAGCAAGCUCAGCCGUGGCGAUACCUGUCAUAUUCCUUGACAGCGCUGCUCGGCCUUAUCGCCAUCGGCAUCAUCGUCGUCUUUGUCAGAGGCUGGAUCGAUGCUGGCAGCGAUGUCAAUUUUGAUUUCAAAAAGGCGCUGACGAAGGCGCUCGGCGGAGGCCUAAGCGGUGCCGCGGCCAUGGUGCUGCAGGUGCUGCUGCUUAUGCCGCUACGGACCAUCAUGAACUACCAGUAUCGCUAUGGGACUUCAUUUUCAGCCGCCAGCGUGACCUUGUAUUCCAGCGGAGGCCUGGGCCGCUACUACGAUGGUAUCGGGGCAGCAUUGAUUCAAGGUCCGGUUUCGAGAUUCGGCGACACUGCUGCCAACGCUGGCAUCCUUGCGCUUCUCCAGUCCAACUCGUACCUCAAAGACUUGCCGGUCCUCAUCAAGACAAUAUUCGCCUCUCUUUGCGCUGCCGCCUUUAGAAUGAUCCUCACUCCGGUCGACACCCUAAAGACAACCCUCCAAGUCCAAGGCGCUGGAGGCACCGCUCUGCUCCGCGGGCGCAUAAGGAAACACGGCGUCGGUACGCUCUGGUGGGGAGCUUUCGCGACUGCGGGAGCUACGUUCGUAGGACAUUACCCAUGGUUCGCAACGUACAACAUGUUGAGCGAGGCCAUCAAAGAGCCUCCCAAGGAGCAAAUUCUCCUCUGGCUUCUGCGCCUCGCGUUUAUCGGCUUCGCCGCCUCGUUGGUGUCGGAUUGUGUAUCAAACUCGCUCCGGGUGGUCAAGACGUAUCGGCAAGUCAACGAGACGCAGGUGUCCUAUAGUAAGAAUCACAGCACACGUUCGGUCGAGGUAUUUUCUGACAUGGAGCCAGCCAAAGCAGCAAAACUUGUCAUCGAGGGCGAUGGCGUGGCAGGCCUUUUUGGCCGCGGACUGCCGACGCGCAUCGUUUGCAACGGCCUUCAAGGGCUUUUGUUUUCUAUCUUGUGGAAGCUGUUCCUUGAUUCUUUGGAGUCGCGAAAGGGCGUUUAG